CGCGGGGAUAGCCCAACCCGGGCGCGAAGGGCUCAAGAGCGCCCCUUUAAAGCCCUGCGCUCCGGUGCUCUUAGGACGCUUUUUCUUCCGCACAACGCCCUUUCCCCAGGGUCAGAAGCCGCUGCGCAGCAGAGGUUACUAAUUCACUGAUUGUAAUCACCUUUCUCUCCAAGUCGCCUGCAGCUGUGCUAUCUGCCCUGCCUUAAACUGCUCCGUGGCUCGUGCCAGUUCACGGCGGAGGGAGAGAUGCUCAGCGAGCCAAACUGAUCAUUGCAGCCAGUGGCAUCUGUCUCGAGUCCUCCCUAAGGAGCGCAACCCGCACUGUCUCCUCGCAGGAGCCCCGCGUUUCCUCGACUUUGAGAGGCGUCUCUCCCCAGCCCUACCGUCCAGAUGCGUUUUCGCCUCUUCUCUUUUGCCCUCAUCAUUCUGAACUGUAUGGAUUACAGCCAGUGCCAAGGCAACCGAUGGAGACGCAAUAAACGAGCUAGUUACGUAUCAAAUCCCAUUUGCAAGGGUUGUUUGUCUUGUUCAAAGGACAAUGGGUGCAGCCGAUGCCAACAGAAACUGUUCUUCUUCCUUCGAAGAGAAGGGAUGCGCCAGUAUGGAGAGUGCCUGCAUUCCUGCCCGUCAGGGUACUAUGGGCAUCGAGCUCCAGAUAUGAACAGAUGUGCAAGAUGCAGAAUAGAAAACUGUGACUCUUGCUUUAGCAAAGACUUUUGUACCAAGUGCAAAGUAGGCUUUUAUUUGCACAGAGGCCGCUGCUUUGAUGAAUGUCCAGAUGGUUUUGCACCAUUAGAUGAGACCAUGGAAUGUGUAGAAGGAUGUGAAGUUGGUCAUUGGAGUGAGUGGGGAACAUGUAGCAGAAACAACCGCACGUGUGGAUUUAAAUGGGGUCUGGAAACCAGAACACGACAGAUUGUUAAGAAGCCAGCAAAAGACACAAUACCAUGUCCAACCAUUGCUGAAUCCAGGCGAUGCAAGAUGGCCAUGAGGCACUGUCCAGGAGGGAAGAGAACACCAAAGGCCAAGGAGAAGAGAAACAAGAAGAAAAGGAGGAAGUUGACCGAAAGAGCCCAGGAGCAGCACAGUGUCUUUCUAGCUACAGACAGAGCUAACCAAUAAAAUACAGGCAAUAGCUGGGGAAUUUUGAGGGGGAUUUUGUUGUUGCUGUUGUUUAUAUUGCAAAAGUGCACAAAGCUACUCUCCAAUCUACACUGGUGGAGAGCGUUCCUGCUGCUCCGACCAGUAUCCGUUUUCAGUAACAUUGCGAAGGGAAGUGCCCAAGCAUGGUCUCUGGGUUAUUUAUGCUUUGAUUUGAAUCUGGAGCCUUGUAAUAGCAGGAGCUUGUUGACCUCAUCAGUGGGAGCUGUUGCAUGUACACUCCUGUGAUGUGUCCUAAGAAUCGGCCCCAGGCAUGGUGAACCUGCAGGAGGCAUGCAGCUGUAGACCACCACCGGAGAAUGCACCUGUGCCUACUUUCCUGUGAGAAAAUGCAGAAGCGGGCAAGCGCUGUUCCUCGUGACUUUUGUUUCUCGCGUUGAGCAUCGUCAAGGACAAGAGGGAGUGGGAAUAAGGCGAAGUGUCACCGCCCCAAAUUCCCAUCCUUGGUGACUUUAAAAUGAUCUUGCGAUGAGACUGCUUUUAGCUAGGGGCAUUCUGUGGAAAUUCCUGCUAGAUUUCAGCCUCGCGCUGACAUGUACACAUUCUGCUGAGCUAUCUGCAAAGCUCCAUCCUGUAUAUUUAUGCUUUUUGUGUGUAACUGGCCAUACCUGAUGAAUAAGAUGUCACUUUGUUUCUAAUGGUUCCUAACCAUGGUCUGGUACAUGACUGUUCGAACUGUUCUAGUUUUGAAAAUUGACAAAUGUUUUGUUGCCAUUUGGUUUCUUCUGUUUGUAUUAUUUUUUGAUGGGGGUGGGGUGGGCUUGUUUCUAAUUGUAAGUUUAGGAUAAGCUAGUUUGUACAUAGAGUCAAAUGACUGACGUCAGAAUUUCAAUGCAUAUAGAACUUCCCCAGUUUGUAUCGCACGUGCACACACGCGCGCACACACACACACACACACAUGAGUAAGCAGCAUGUAGCAUCUUGCUAUCAGAAGCCCAACUCUUUCUGAGUCCAAAAAGUGGACUUAUGAAACACAGCGGAAAACAAGAAGACUUCUGUGCAGUUACUUGUAUUUAUUACACAAUUCCCAGUUUCAUUUUUUUUUUCAGACUUAAAGUAACUCAUGACAAUCAAUGAUAGGUCAGCUGGGAAAAUUUUUGGGUCACUGGAGUCACUGGGGAAGCUGCUAUCAUGAAACCACCCAGAAAGUGAAGGAGAAGAUAGCGGGCUUCCCACAACUGAAAGUCACGUUGUUCUUUUCUCCAUGGAGCCAGGAUGCCUUACACGAGAAGGAAGAACAUGACGGAGGCUACCCAGCCAACUCACACAAUGGUGAUGUUAAAAACAUCCUUUGUCCCCCUUGGGUCAAUCAGUCCUUUGAUUUAUGAAUUGGCAGGCUCUAAGUGCAUUGUCUUCUUGGCUGAUUCAGGAGAAACUUAGAACAAACAAAGUUGUAGAGUUUUGAGGAAACAGCCAAAGCAAGGUAAAGCCUUUUCCUCACCUUGCCUUGGUAAAACUACCUCUUCAGCAUUUUGUUGAGUCAGAAACAUCUUUCUGAUAUGUAUAGAUAUCAUAAGCUUCAUUAUGAAAAUAUUGAUGCAAGAUAAGCCAUAUAUGAAUGUUGUAUUCAACCUUAGGGCUUGCACUUAAUCCUAAAGUGUUCCCAUCCCUUCAUGUCUAUUCCCACUAUAUUCCUGUUUACUAAGUGGGGAGGGGUCUCCUUAAUAUCAUACUUCAUUGUUAAUAAGUCAAUGCUUGUUAUGUUUCUGGGCUGUUGUUUUUGUGCAUUAAAAACUCAAAA